AUGAUCGCAUCCGGAUCAACGCCCAAUACUCAUACCCGUCGAUCGAAGCGCAGACGGCACACACGCUGGCCGACCUUCCUCACCCUCGCCUCGCUCAUCGCAGUUUCCCUGACGACCCCUGCCCACGCUGCACCCUCAACAACAGACUCCAACAUCGCCGGCACACCAUCCGAAUCGCUGCACGAGACGCUCCUCCUCAAACCGCUCCGUGACGGUCGCGUCCUCUCCUCGUUCGAGUUCACCCUCUCCUCCACCUCCUCCUCCACGUCCAACUUCCGCCUGCUUCCACGAGCGCUCCUCCAACCCGUCCAACACUUUGGUGUUUCGGAAGUGCAUCUCUCGCUCAACUCCGGGAGAUGGAAGUAUGACAGCUGGGGAUCUCCGGUGACGCUUCUGAAGCGAAGAGGCGGGUAUGCGGAGGAGGUAGGGGAGAUGGGGAAAGUGAGGGUGGGGGAGGAGAGCGUUGGAACGGGGGCAGAGUUGUGGGCACGAUUCGAUAACGGGCAGGACAGUGCGGAGAGCUGGAAAGGACUGACGAGCGCAUUGGCGGGGCUGUUCUGUACCAGCUUGGAUGCGUUGGAUGAGAGGCAGACGGUGCAACCGCAUCAUGCCUUCUCGUCGAGCACGAGUGGCGGAAAAACACUGCACGCGCUGCUGCCGACAGAGGGAGUCUGCACGGAAAACUUGACGCCCUUCCUCAAGCUUUUACCCUGCAAGAACUCGGCUGGGCUGGCGACGCUUCUCAAUCCUUUGUCGCUGUUCAGCGCCACCUUUCAUGGCUUGGCGAUCCACGUAACGAGACUUCCUUCAAGAGUAUACAUGGACAACGGAAGAGAGGAAGACGGAGGAUGGCAGGUCAAGCUCACGUUCACCUCGGUCUUCUCCCCUGCGGUGACGCGUGACGUCAGCAUCCGAAACUGGUCCAUCGGCUCCCUCUUCGGCAGGACGCUCGACACUCGUUGUCCGCUGGCCGAUUCGAGUCUGGUCCGGAUCUUGAAGCCUGACGAAACGGAGGGUGGGGCAAAGUACCAGAUCGGUCCGCUCCCGCCUUUUCCGACGUGUACGCGGCCUGGAGAUGAACGUCACUGCCACACCAGUCAAAAGGUCGGAAAGGGUGGGAGGAAGCGGUACGAACACUUUCCCGUACUGGAAGAACAGGACGAAGUGACGGACGAGCUGGCUGCUUCGGGAUUGUUGGCCUUCGAGACGGAAGAGGAGACACGGGAGUACGAGCAGCGGUUGAAGACUCGAUGGGCAACAUACCUGGACACGGUCGAUGGGGAGUACCUCCAUGACCUUUCGCAGGGGCCUGCGAAACGUGAUGGCCCUCUGGACGUCAAGAUGAGCUGGCCGCACGAGACGCGUUUCACCUAUCCCUCUUCCAACAACACCGGUACCGCCGAGCAAGUGAUCCAAGUCGACCGAACGCUCAUCGGCUCCGGGCAGGAGCGAACAACUUUGCAAGUGACGCUCACCAACAACGACGGUCGACUAGCCCAACGCGUACUGUGGUACGAAAGUCUCGGCUACUUUGUUCAGCCGUACCUGCAUACUCUGCGGCAUUCGAUCGAGUAUCUUCCCUCUUCGACCAGUGCAGGGGAAGACGAGUUGCUUAGAGGCGUAGCAGACUACACGGAUCCGGUGGAAGAGCUCAUCUAUCAGCCGACACGCGGCAAGAGGGGUGGUAGGAAACCUUUUGUGAUGGAAGCGGUGGUGAGGUUGCCAGCGAAGAGCAGGGUGGUGUUGACGGUGGAGUUGAAGAAGUCGUUCGUGGCGUACAGUCAGCAUCCGCCGGAUGCGCAUAGGGGUUUCGAUUUGAGUGGGGGAAUUGUGUUUCCCAUUGCGGCGGUGGAUCCGAGGGAGGAGUUGAGGAGACACUCGGGCAAGCAUACCACUGAUCGAAAGCAGCUUCAGCCUCCUAUCGAUCGCACGUCCUGGCAAGAUCUAUUGGUUCGCUUCGCAAAGACAUCUGGCCUGUUCGAAUCCAACGCUAAACCAAAACCCAUCACAACCAACAAGAACACUCCCAUCCGAUUCUCCAAAACUCAAACCCGAAUCUACACCCUUCCCCGUCUCGUCGAGUUGGCAACUCCCGACUUCUCGUUCGUCUACACCAACAUCAUCUUCACAAGCACCGUCAUGGCGCUCUUCUUCGGAAGCUCGUUGAACACUGUGCUCCGCACAUUCACCGAUUUCGUCCUCUAG